AUGGAAAAUGUGACAAUUGUUGAGGAAAAUGAUGAAAUUGUUGAAUACGCGAGUUUUCUGCGUGAUCUCGAUGAACUCCAUGAAGAAUUGUUUAUUCAAAGAAAAUACGAUAAAACAUUGGCUCCAAUCUACACAAAGCAACAGAAUUUAAGCUACGUUCGUCGCUUUAAUGUCGAUAUUCGAUUAAAUUUCGCAAAAGUUAUCGCAAUUGCAGAAGACACCGAAAAACUUGGCGUGCUUCUCGAGAUUAUUUAUGUCUGGGAAGAUCCUCGGCUCAUCUGGGAUCCAUCAAAGUUCAAUGGAAUCAAUAAAAUUUAUGCAAAUUACAAAGAUUUAUGGAUUGUUGAAAACUCGAUGUCGGAAACCGCGAUGAUUGUCGAUUUCGUGGCCGAUCACCGAAAACCGGUGAAAGUCUUCGCAAAUGGGACCGUUUCGUUUUUGCAUAAAUUUUAUGCGGAAAUCAUUUGCAAACUAGAGCUCGGUCAUUUCCCAUUCGACAGUCAGGAUUGUCCGAUCAUUUUAACGGCAAUGUCUUACGAUUACGAUGAGGUGACGAUGACGGUCGAUGUGACGCCAAUCGAGUUGAAAUACGCUAGCUCGGGUCAAUGGGACGUUCAAAAGAUUUAUGGAUCCAUGGAUUACUAUAACUAUUCGAGUACAAGCUUCGAACAGUCGACUUUCCAUAUCUACAUGAAGCGGCAACCGUUAUUCUACAUCCACGUCAUCGUUGUCCCAUCUUUAAUCAUCACCGUACUCUCGGUUGGCGGCAUUUUCUGGACCUCAGGCCAAGAGUAUCAGAAUUCGAAGAUGGACAAGCUAGGCAUCGGUUUAACCUCGUUGAUGUCGAUGACGGUCUUGCUCGGCAUCGUCGCCUCAGAGAUCCCGAAAACGAACAGCUUUCCAUUAUUGGGCACUUACAUGGUCGUUUCCCUCUUCGACAUCGGAUUGGCUUGUGUUGUUUUAAUGCUAAUGCCUGCUUCGAAAGAAAUCGCCGACAAUAAGAAAAAGAUUCGAUUUAGAGAUAAAAUUUGCGCUUUUAUUUUCAAUCGCACUUUUGCUCUUCAUCUCCUCUUCCAAACGGUCAACUUUCUGAAUUUUGGCGUUUUCAUGUCGUUUUGGAAA